CUCCGGAUCUGCCUUCAAGGUCUCUCUCUUCUCCAAAUACUCCGAUUCUGUGAUCUGCCAAUCAGGGGAGGGUUUUGUUACAAAUGGCCGAACGAAAGGAAAAACAGCCAGUUUUCAUCAAGGUUGAGCAGCUUCGCCCUGCAACUACUGGGCUUAACCUCAUUGUAAAGGUUGUGAAUGCAAAGAUGAUAUUGCAAAGAGGUCGUGCCGAAGGAACUCAAGGACGCCAAAUGCGGCUUGCUGAAUGCUUGGUUGGUGAUGAGACUGCAAUGAUUGUGUUCACUGCUAGAAAUGAUCAAGUAAUUAUAAACCACCAUGAGCCUAGCCUGGGUGGCUUCAAGUGGUCUCCAAGAGGUGCUCUCCCUCCUUCCGAUCGUGGAAUUAAAUCCCCCCAAGGCCAAACGGGAAAAAAUAGUGAUUGGUUGAUUUUGAAGGUUUUGUUACAAAUGGCCGAACGAAAGGAAAAACAGCCAGUUUUCAUCAAGGUUGAGCAGCUUCGCCCUGCAACUACUGGGCUUAACCUCAUUGUAAAGGUUGUGAAUGCAAAGAUGAUAUUGCAAAGAGGUCGUGCCGAAGGAACUCAAGGACGCCAAAUGCGGCUUGCUGAAUGCUUGGUUGGUGAUGAGACUGCAAUGAUUGUGUUCACUGCUAGAAAUGAUCAAGGUAUGUUUGUACCUCCUUUUUUUUUAUAA